AUGGAAAACUUCCAGUACAGCAUCCAGCUGAGUGACCAGGACUGGGCUGAGUUUUCGGCCACGACGGAAGAGUGUGGUCUCCUGCAGGCCGGCCUGGCCUCAGGGGAUGAGCUCUUGUCCAGUGACAUUGACCAAGGGGACAGCAGUGGCAGCAGCCCUCCGGGGCCUCCACCCCUUCUCGAGGGGCGGCCGGCUUCUGGGGGGAGGGGCUGGCCUGGCUUCAAGGAGGAGGACGAGGCAGCUCGCCGGCCGCUGGUCAGCUGGUCUUGGCGUGAGCCUGUCUUGGCCCCGGGGCCCGAUCAGCAGACGCCCAGCACGUCCGCACGGUCAGAAGCUCUGCUGUCCCUCAGAUCUGACGCCACCCCCCAAGGCCAGAGCUUGUCGCUUCAAGGGCCGGUGUCUUCCCCAGGCGAGAUGCAGAGGCUUCUGCAGGGGCCUGCCCCCCAGGGCCCUGCCCCUAGUCCCCCUGGUGGGCCUCCCCAGAACUCUGAGCCUCCUGGCUGCACCCCAGCUCCCCAGAGGCCCCCUGGCAGUCCCGGAGCCCCGGCACGCAGCCCUAGCCGAAAGAAGAGGCGCGCCGCCGGGGCCAAGGGGGGCGGGUGCCUGAGCACCCCCGGCUCGGCUGCCCCCCAGCAGGGUUCCCCGCUGCCUGCUGAGGUCAGGCCCAAGGAGCGCCUUGGCCUGGCUGCGUCCGGGGGGCAGGGUCUCCCGGCUGGGGCAGCGGAGCAGACCGCAGGAACUGGGCAGGGAGAAAGCGGUCCGGAGUCUGCGGGAGCCCCUGCACAGGUGACCCUGCAAGGAACAGAUCCGGAUCUGCCGACACCUGUUCCUGCAACUGAGGAAGGUACAGAGCUCCUGAGAAUGGCCCCAGGAGCUGAGCUACACACCACGUCCACACCUGCCCGGGCCGCUCGUCCAGAUAUUUCAAUGGCUGAGUCAGAUGUGCCUCUGUCUACACCUGCCUCCAAGCUUCAGCCCGACAUGCCUCUGUCUACACUUGCCUCCAAGUCUAGACUGGACAUGGACCUGCCUGUGCUGGACCCAGUGGUCAAGCAGGAGGUGGAUUUGUCCACACCUGCUCUGCUGCCUCACCUUGUGUCCAAGGCCCAGCCUGACAUGGGCGUGUCGGCAGCUGUCCCCACUUCCCCGGCCGGGCCUGAUGUGGUGAAGGUGGAGGUUGGCCUAGCGGCCACGCCACAAUUGAGCCCUCUUGGGUCUCCAGGAGGACACCAGGAGAAACCCAGAGAGGAGCCCUCAGCAGGUGCCCCUGGACAUCACUCAGGGGAGCCCCCACUAGGCCGGGUCCAAGCCCCCAGGAAGAAGAAAGUGCGGUUUUCCAUGGCUGUGCCCAGCCCUGAGGGACCAGGCUCAGGAGAGACCUCAGGACCCCCGUCGCCAGCCGUAGCCCGGCCCUCAUCCCCCAGGACAGCCACGGGGGGCCGAGGGGGGCCUGGAGGCUGGGACGCCAUGGCAGUUGGGCCCCGGUCUCCGCAGCCUCGGAUCCUCAAACACCUGCCUCCCCCUUCCCCCUCCGCUUCGGUGGGGCCCAGGCCUGGGAGCAGCUUUGCAGUGACCCUCCCAGAGGCCUACGAGUUCUUCUUCUGUGACACCAUCGAGGAGGAGGAUGAAGGUGCUGAGGAGGCGGCAGAAGCCGACCAGGCCCUGUGUGAAGCACGGUGGCCAGACGUGUGUGAAUUCUUCUUCCAGGACCGCGGAGCCCAGAGGCCCGGGCACGGGGGGAGCCACCCUGUGGCCCAGCCCCCACGAGCUGAGGCUGUACGGGCCGCUCCACCUGGAGACCCUGUGCCCAUCUCCAUCCCUGAGGCCUACGAACACUUCCUUGGGGAGGACUCCCCGGGAGGCACGCCCGAGCUGGCCGCCCUGCUCCAGGUGCAGGCCACGGAGCCCCCCAGCUUGGCGCCCUGGGGCGUGGGGCCUGGCACCCCACCAGAGCCCAGCCCAACCACAGCAGAGCAGCUCAGUCUGGCAGUCAGGCAAGCAGGGGGGCUCCGAGGUCCUCUCCCCUCUUUGACCCUCAGCCAGAACGACAUGUGCUUGGUGUUUGUGGCCUUUGCCACCUGGGCUGUGAGAACGUCAGACCUGCACACCCCAGAUGCCUGGAAAACAGUCUUGCUGGCCAACAUCGGCACCGUCUCUGCCAUCCGCUACUUCCGCCGGCAAGUGAGGAAGGGACGCCGCGGCCCCAGCCCCAGCCCUUAG